AUGCUUCACUUGCUCAAUAACACUACCCAGCUCCGAGCCCAGAUCAGCGGAGUCAUGGGCUCCACAUCACUAGCAUGCUGGAUAGUUCUCCUCAUGCCGCAACUCAUUGAGCAAUGGCGCUUGAAAUCAGCAGAAGGUAUAGCAAUUGGGUUCAUUUCCAUUUGGUUUGCUGGGGAUUUGUUCAACUUGAUAGGUGCUAUUUGGGCAAAUUUGCUUCCCGAGGUUAUCUUUCUUGCAGUGUGGUUCUGUGUGGCUGAUGCGUUGAUGAUUUGGUCGUAUGUUUAUUACACGAAUCUUCAACAUCGUCAUCAACAGCAUCAUCACCAUCAGCAUCAUCAUCAUCAUGAUCAUAACCAAACGGCGAACAGAGAGCAUGAGCAUGGCCAAGGAGAACGCGAGUACCUUGAUGAAUCAGCACCGUUGCUUCAUAGAAGAAGAAGUUCGACAUUGACUGAUAUCGCAUUGGAACCACAGCAACACUCAAUUGUCGUGAAAUAUAUCUUACCCAUCAUUUUCGUCGUUGCAUGCGGAAUGGCUGGAUUUUUGCUUUCGUCACCAAACCAACAGCAACUGCCACAACCACCCACCGAUCCAACCAAUCCAAAUCCACCACCACAAGACGACCCAAUUGCACUCGGUCCACAAAUUAUGGGCUAUGUGUCAGCUUUCCUCUACUUGGGGGCACGUAUCCCGCAAAUCAUCCAAAACUACCAACGCAAAUCGGUUUAUGGACUCAGUUUGCUCUUUUUUUUAUUUUCCACAUUGGGUAACUUGACUUAUGCCGGGCAAAUCAUCUUUUUCAGGAGUGAUUGGAAUUAUAUUGUGUUGAAUAUGAGUUGGUUAUUGGGCAGUUUGGGAACUAUUGUAGAGGAUGUGAUUAUUUUUGGUCAGUUUUAUAUGUAUAAGGAUAAUGUUGAUCCAAUUGAGGAUGAUGAGGGAGAGUUGAGAGUUUGA